AUGACCAAGGCCGUUGAGCUGCUACUGUGCGCGGUAGCGGGAGUCUUGGGGGGUGGAACGCUGUUGGCCUCCGGUCUUGGGUCCAGUGCGCCCCCUGCUGCAUUUGUGAGCCCACAGGGCUCUUCUUUCUCUUCGUUCUUGCCUGGUAUAACGAAUGCGCGGGGAGUACGUACAAACCAACGUGCAUCAUUGCAUAUUGCGAGCCCGCGCCCACCUCAGGACGCUCUGUGGGUGCAGCAGCCUGUAGCGUUGGAUCGUGUCUCAGAGGUUCCUUCACUGGUUUCCUCCACAACUUCAUCUCGCUUGGCUGCACACAACCAUCGCGUCCAUGGUGCUGCAGGCGGCGCCGCCGUUUCUGGCGCAACUGCAGCGCUAGCCACGCGGCAACCAGCUGCUGAUACAUCGCAGGGUAACAGGGCUUCCAUCUUCCACGAGGAUGGCUUGGGCGGCCUUUUGCGGGGCAGUAUUCGGGGGAAUCUGCAAAGUCGGAGGGAGAACGUAUCGCCUAUUGUGGCGCAGAUGCUGUAUGAAGAUAUGCUGCUUGGUCGCUACGUCGAGGACGCUUGUGCUCGGCUUUAUUACCGGGGAAAGACAGCAGGGUUUGUUCAUCUGUACACAGGACAGGAGGCUGUGAGCAGUGGCGUGCUGAAGCUGCUGCGCAAAGACGACGCUGUUGCCUCCACCUACAGAGAUCACGUGCACGCAACCAGCAAAGGGGUGCCCCCCCGUGAGGUCUUCGCUGAGCUCUUUGGGAAGAAGACGGGAUGCUCUAAGGGAUUUGGCGGGUCUAUGCACAUGUUCUCCAAAGAAUGGAGUCUUUACGGGGGAUUCGCCUUCAUAGGCGAGCAGAUUCCUGUAGCACUAGGCGUCGCCUUCAGUCAGCUGUAUCGACGCCUUGCAGAACGCGAGCUGCCCGGAGAGAAGGAUCAGGUCACUGUCUGCUUUAUGGGCGACGGCACAACCAACAUGGGGCAGUUUUACGAGGCGAUGAACAUGGCGGCUCUGAUGAAGCUGCCAGUGGUGUUCGUCGUAGAGAAUAAUAACUGGGCCAUUGGCAUGGCGGCGCAGCGCAGCACAGCAGUGCAGGAGAUUCACCAAAGGGGCCCCCCCUUCGGCGUCCCCAGUGUGGAAGUCGACGGCAUGGACGUCCUGGCUGUUCGUGCUGCUGCACGCCAAGCCAUUGAACGAGCGCGCAAGGGGGAGGGACCAUCCCUCAUAGAAGCUCUCACCUACAGAUUCCGAGGGCACUCGCUGGCCGACCCAGACGAGCUCCGUUGCACCCACGAGAAGGCGGCCUUUGCAGUGCGUGACCCCAUAAAACAUUUUGAGCAGUACAUGCAGGAGAUGGGGUACGCCAACGAAGAAACGUUGGAACUGACGCGAAACAAGAUAAAAGACAUCGUCGAGGAAGCUGUUCAGUUUGCAGACAAUUCUCCAUCGCCAGAUCCGGCAACUGCAGGCGACUCGACGUUCGCACCGGCGUACGAUGCGAAGGGCUUUGACCCACUAACUGACGAGGAGUUGGCCGCGUACGCCCGGGCCUUGAAGAUUGAGUUGGAUAGAGAGGCGCGCAAGGCGAAGGGGGAACGCGUGGUGCCGCCUCCAGUUGAAAACGACCCCAACCCCCCAAUUGUCAUCGACUGA